AUCUGUUCAGUUCACUUCGUUCAUUCGGAAUUCGGGCUACGAACGCGUUCAAUAUACCUUUCUCCAGCAAAAGUGCGCAGUAUUAAAUUAUAUUAUACGCAUUUUAUUUUUCGUUUUAUUUUUCGAGUCCCUACUUUCCACAUAAUUAGCCCUUUGAGAAAAACUAGAAAUAAAUACAACGAGCAGUUACGAAACAAUAUCAACACGAUUUAAUAUUUAUUUUCCGCCCCGCAUGUCCCGGUUCAGCCACCUACACGACACCACCCUGCGCGCGGGGGCGGCACGUUAAUAGAGAUCCGGGAAGCGGCGUCUAGCGUCGGCGCCGCCGCCGUCGCGUCGCGUUCCAGAUCAGCUGUCCGAAUCCGGCGUCGGCGGCUCAACAGGUCGGCAUGUUUAUAAUUACAGUCGGUCCAUCUUCCGCGCCGUUAUCCAGAUGCCUCUACGGAGAGGCUGUUACGGAAACCGCAGUGUCGUCUCGUCGUCCGGGUCAACCGCGGAUCCCCUAACCGCAUGCCUCGAUGCUGAUAGCACCUAUAUUUGUACCGCGUUCAAUCCACGCUGCUACAUAAUUCAGAAGGUAAACCCUUCACCUACAUCGUCUUCAACCAUAAGCGGACCGUCAAUCAGUGGCACUUCCGAUGAACGCGCGAAGAAGAGGCUAGAAUGUAACCCGGUUUUGGAGUCGCACGGCUGGGAACAAAGCCAGCCGUCGAAUUUGCAAGCCGAUUAUACGUGUCCGUUGGUUCUGGAAGGCUACGCGUACAUGAAUGGGGAUGUCGGCAAACUAUCCUCGGGGGCGGCGUACGCAAGCGCCGUCCCUGACCCGGCCGCCAGCGCCCCAAUGGCGCCCCCAAUGCCCGAGUACGUCGCCGUCAACGGGGUAACGGAGGGGGCUGAGGGCCAGCAGUGCCCGGUCGGGGCGCCGCCCUCAGCUCCCCAGGACGUAGCCUCCCACCACCCUCAGCAGCAGCAGCAGCAGUCCACUUAUCCGUUGCCCCAGUUAAAGCAGAUGCUCUCGCAGCAGCUGGAAUAUUACUUCUCGAGGGAGAAUCUGGCGAACGAUGCGUAUCUGCUAUCCCAAAUGGACAACGACCAGUACGUGCCCAUAUGGACGGUAGCGAAUUUUAACCAAGUUAAGAAGCUAACCAAAGAUAUCAAGCUCAUUACGGAGGUGUUGAGGGAAUCCCCCAACGUGCAGGUCGACGAGGAGGGGGUAAAAGUUAGGCCCAAUCACAAGAGAUGCAUAGUCAUCUUGAGGGAGAUACCGGACAACACUCCGAUUGAAGAGGUCAAGAAUUUGUUCUUUGGCGAGAACUGUCCCCGUUUCAUAUCGUGCGAGUUCGCCCACAACAGCUCGUGGUACGUGACGUUCGAGUCGGACGAGGACGCCCAGAGGGCGUACCGCUACCUCCGCGAGGAGGUGCGCGAGUUUCAAGGCAGGCCGAUAAUGGCGCGUAUUAAAGCGAAACCGAUGUGCCGGCCACCGCUGGUUCCGGUCGUGCACCCGCCGCCGCCGAAGAACGGUUUCCGUGCGACGCCGCCCCCGCAGGCCGUGUUCGACCCCGCCGCCUACCCGCCCGGCCAGCAGAGGUUCGUUUACGCGGCGAACGGCGCUUCCGGCCAGCCCGUCGCUGCCGCGUACAACCAGGUGCACGUAUACCCCCCGUACCAGCAGCAGCAAUUCAACGCGUACGUCGCGUGGCCGCCGUCCGCUGCCGGUUUCUUCGACAUCAGCAGCGUGUUCCAGGUGAACGGGCUCGCGCCUCAGCAAUACAAACACCAGCCGUACCGCUCCAACCCCGGCCGCCCCAGGAAACAGUCCCGGGGCGGGCAAAUCCAGUCUGGCGGCGGUGUCGGCGAACCUCAGCAGCAGGGUCCGUCGAGCGUUCCCAACUUGAGGUCAACGAAUGCGUCACAACCCCAGCAGGUUCACCGGGCGGCGUCGCCCAUGAUGCAACAGCCGCAACAGCAGCAGCCGGGUGGCGGCGGCGGUGGCGGGAACGGCGCGAAGAUGUCUUCCAAAAUGGCGGGCGGCGGCGAGGGGAUGAUGCGAGUGGUGGUGCCCGACUUGCAAGAGGCACAGAUCGUUAAUAGCGCGGGACCGCCUAUAGGUUUGCCUCUGAUGCACCCCGACGGUACCGUCGACAUGUAUCGUUUCGCUCCUGCCGCGCCGUUCAUCCUCAAGGAAGUGGUGCCGCCACGUCACAGGAGAAAAAAACGCGACGAAGACGGCGUCGGCGCUGCGACGAAUGCGGCACAGUCGAACGGCUCCCAAAACCAUCCCCUGGCGCAAGGCGCCGUAGGAGGCGGCCCGAAAUCGGGACCGCAGUUUGACCUGGUGGACGAGGCGUUCCCGCCUCUACCUGGCAGUCUCGAGACAGGCGGUGGCCCCUCGGCCACGUCCAAACAGCAGCACCAGUACCAACAGACGCAGUCCCACGUGACGGAGAGCACGUCGUCGCAGACUUGCACCGAGAUGGCAGCGCCGGGCCCCUGGGGCGCCGAGAGCAGGCUCGCCGACGUCGUCAAGGGCACCGUCAAGAUGAAAAUCAACGGCGGCGGAGGCAAGGACGUCGCCUCGCAGGUGUACCACCCAGCGGCCGACAACGAACCGCCUCCGCGCACCUCCACGCCUCCCGCUGCUAAGCCCGAAGCCAAGGAAACGAUGGUGGACACGGCGGAGACGCAGCUGAGCGUCGUCACGCUGACGCCACCCGUUUCGCCUCAAAAGUUAGUUCCUGCUCUCCCAACGAAGUGCACGAUGGCCGACAAGUCGACGAAAACCGACGACGCCCUGCUCAACGGUUGCGACGUCGACUCGGGGCCCCCGUGUCCGACCACCACCAACGCCGCGACGAUGACGACGGUCUUGGUGCAGACCGACGCCCCUCAGCGGCACAAUCACAGCACCAUUCCGACGCAGUCGGCGUCGGUCGCGACCACGUCGAACACAGGGUACAGCGGCUCGGCCAGGCUCGAGUCGAGGGGGGGCCCGGUGCCCCCGUUUAGCUCGCCGUCGCCGCCAUUGAUUGAGAAUCACAAUCAUCCGCCUCGCAUGAGCUACGCACAGGUGGCGCAGCAUCACCACAAAGAGGCGCAACAGCAGCAGCCGAAGGAGUAUCACCACAGAGUGUCCUCCACCUCAUCCUCCACCUCUGGCAAGUACGCCUCCGGUCCGAGUGAGAAGGGACCGGUCGAGGGCGUUGGGUUGAGCUCCAAAGGCGUGGGGGCGGGGCCGGGGUCGGCGAGAGCCCCCCCGCAGCACGAACGUGAUAGUAGUAAUAGAGAAUCUAGGGGGGACAACGGCUACAAGGUCGACGGUCCGAGGACGGGGGGCGUUCCCGUCCGAAGUUCCGGUCCCUCGAAAGCGACGGGUGGCGGUCACGACAGGCUGCCCCGCAGAAAACCGGAGCAGCAGCAGCCGGCGAGGCAGCCGCCGCAGAUGCGAGACUUCAUAGCCCCACGAUCGCCGAAAUAAUAAGGGACGCGCGCCGCCCCGCUCGCCGCCCCCGCCGCUACCACUCAGAAAAGGAGGACUCGUGCAAGUGAACUUUUUUCGGUUCGGUUUCGAGUUCUUAUGAUUUUUUCAAUUUCCGUUGUCGUUGUUGUGUGCGCGUGCGCCGUGGAUUUACCACUACUGCCGUAAUUAAUUGGACCGGAGGCAUUUUUUAGGUGUUAAAUUUAAUCCGCGUAACAUUUAAAAAUGAUAUAAAUGAAACUUAUAAAACAAAAAAUAUAUAUAUUAUAUUAUACGAGGGGCGGGAGGGGGCGGGGGGCGUCACCAUUUUUCCGGAAAAUUUUCCGCGCGCGAGAUACAAUAUUGUUCCUAGGUCGGGGGGGUUGGGAGGCGGUAGUUAAUUUUUUUUUACGAGUAAGAGGCCGCACCGUCGUGAGUCUGUGAUCGGUUCGGGUUACGAGGGGCGGCGAACGGGGGGGCGCGUUCCGGGUCUCGCAAAUAGUUGUGCCAAAAAUUUCGAGGCCGCCAGCGGCGUAGAACGGGGAACUCACAAAAUACAGGGUCGCUACUUUUCUGUGACUACGAAUCCAUAAAUUUUUUAUUUUUCAAUGACUCGAUUUUUGUUUUCUUUUAAAUGGCUCCGAUAACGGAGUGGUUUUAAAAUGGAGAGGGAGAGCCUACCCGCUUCAGACAUUGCAAAAAGAGGUUUUUCGCGCCCUUUCGAAAAUAAUAAAAAAAAGAGAUCGAGUAGGGUUCAUUUAUGUACUUUUAUAUUGUUACAGAAGCAGAGACGCAUCGGCUUUUUUCGGUUUAUGAACCACGAAUUCGUUUUUUUUUUUUAACUGGAGGACGAAAUGAUUAGAACGAUUUUUUUUUAUGGUGAUGUCAAAGUUUGGUUUUCGCUGAUUUUUUUAGGUCAAGGUUUAUUUAUUUUCAUUUAACGAUGAUUUGAAAUAAAAGCCGCUCGCGGAAGUUAUAUUGGGUUAACAGAACCGACUAAAUGGCCGUAUUCGCGAUGGACUUAUUUUAUUUACGUGUUUAAAAUGUGCUGGCCAAAAAUAUUAUUUUGGCGGGUCCGAGAGAACUUUUAACGCGACGGGAUGGGAGAGAGAAACUUUUCUAGACUAAGGAAACUUGCCGCCAUUUGUUCCCCCCGCCCUGAUAGGAGAGGUAGCUGUAGUGUCGUUUUUUGUUUGAAGUUUUUUUUUCAAAAACCACCGGAGGAAAAAAAGUCACGCGCUCUUUUCGCAUCGAGUGCGACGUAAAAACUUUCGUUCGAGUAAAUCAAACGUACAGUCCGCGUCGCGCGCGACACGCCCCCCCGCCGUCUAUCAUUCGAUGCCGCCGUCAGGCGGCGCAUUGUACAGGCUGACUAAUACGUUACAGAUUAUUUUUUGACAAAUAAUUAUUACCAUUUUAAUUGUAUAAGCUGUAUAGGAGGGAGUUUACAUAGGUUUAGUGUAUUAUAUCGUUGUUGGGUUUCAUUUCUUCUAUUAUUAUUUUUUUUUAACUUUUUAAUUAUUUAACUUAGUCGCGUGUAAUGUUCGGCCGUUGCUCAUGGCCGCGCCUCGUCCCGGUUCCGUGGGGCGCGGGGUGCCGCGGGGGCGGGCUCCUUCUUUAGCCUAUUUUGUGCCUUGACGUAUCGGACGUUCUCGCCCAAUCCAGAAAUCUUCAGUUCGCGUAAACACGAAUCAAACGGCUCUCGUUCUCUAGUUGUUUGUAUAUAAAACGGGAGGGGCCGGACUCCCCUGCGUCCCCGGCCGCCCCCCUCCCCACACGGUGGUGAUAUUAUUAUUAUUAUUAUUACUGUUAUUGCUGUCUUUCGGGUUUUGCACGCGCGGAGUUCGUUCGGGAGUUUAUUUUCGCGAAUCGGGACUCGUUCCUCGAGUUCAGUAUUACCGUUGCGAAUAUUAUGGUAUAGGUUACAAACGCCGCAGGAUUUUUGUUUACAUGGCGAGAAAAAUAGUUUCUAAGACUUGUUUUUAACGAGUCCGCGACGAAAUUUCGCGGACGACUUUGCGAGUGUAAACCCGGCUUCCCGGGCGGGUCUCGUUUGGGGCGCCAAAUUCGUUUCCGCAUCCCAAAGUAGGUAGACAGCGCGUCAAUCGUUUUUUAUCUUAUUUUCUCGACGAAGCAGUGAGGUUAUGUCAUGUUUAAUCUAUCUCCGCGUUCGGAGACGCUCAUUAGUCCGGGACCUGCGGGAAACCCGUUCAACAAACGGGCAAUUUUAAAAAGUUAAAGUUGCAAAGCUGAUUUUGCACAAAUUUAUUGGUCUGCAAAUAACGCCUAACGUGUGUAAUGCAAAAAAUAUCAAAUGUAAAACUACUAAUUAGAAGAGGUGUAUUAGACAACGGGAAAGUAAAAUUUGGGAGACUGGCAAAAUGGGCAGCAGGGAUUUGAAAUUUGGCGCCCUCGGGGUUAAGUUUUGGGAGACCUGCGCGUGGGAUAUAAAUAAAAGACGAAUUUGAUUUCUCGGAAGGCUGUAAAUGAUUAUGCGCGGAGGACUGAUAAUUUUGCGAGAGUGUCUAGCCACCGACCAUAGCAAAUUUUGUUGUUGUUAUUAUUAUUAUUUUUCUUGGACGCGGCGAGCGUCCUCCCAGGUCGUGGUGGACUUAAAUAUUUCGCAGGCGCAACGGAUUUAUCGAUAACAAAAGGCAAAUGAAGUAAUAUGCAGUUUAGUUCGUAUCGUUAUUUAUAGGCUGUGUUUGUAAAUAUAUAUAAAAAAAAAUAACAAGUGUUUUUAAGUGUCAGAGCAACGGUACGCGUGCGUCCAGUUUGAUCAUUAUUUUUCAUUGCGUAAAAAAAACUUACAUUUAAGACUGCGUUGACGGAUGAACGCUUUUCGAGGAGUUUUGAUUUUGUUUUUUGUUCGGAUCGGAUUACGCACCCUGUAUAAGUAACAUACGAGACCAAUCUUAAGUAUCUUUAAACAAAAAACGGGCGUGUUCCUCGACGGGGGCCGUACGGACGACGACUUCAGCAGUGCCAACCAUUUCGAUAUUCGGAGAAAGCCCCGACAAUAAUCCCCACCCGCAGUUUCUCAGUAGUUCACUUGUACCAGUGCCACGUCAAAGUAUUUUUACAGUUUUUUAGGGUUAAGUUUCGGUUUGGCGCGACGAGGACGCGAGAAGUUCAAACGCCCCAGCGAGAGGAACACGCUUAACAAAAAAAAAGCAUCGCUUGCUCUACUACCGUAGCUUGUAAAACGAAUUUUCGAAGUCUCUUAUGUUCGGUAAUCGGAUAGGGUGUGUUACUAUAAGCACAUAUGUAUAUUUAUCUUUAAAAUACGAUUAGUUGAGGUCUGCUAUAUUAUUUUCUUCUUGUGUGCAAGUUUUUACCCUUAUCAUACUUACGUUUACGCGGGCGGGACCGCGGGGACCUCGUUUUUCUCUCUUUUUUUCUCGUUUCCGGGGACUUUUUCAGUUUUGCGGAGUACGCUUGGUUUUUCCUUCCCGGGCACUUUGGGCGGCGUUUUCGGGCGGAUCGCGACGAAAUAGUUCUAGUCUUAUAAUCCAUUUUUGGGCGCGGCGCCGAAUGGGGGGUGUGGACGAGUGGGCGUGUCCAUUUUGCCGACAAUAACGAGUGUGCGCCAAUCAAAAAACUUGAACGGGUUCGGCCCGCGCUGAACGCUGUAAAAUUAUCAUGGUGAUGGGUAACUUUUAUAUCGAAUAAAACGCGUCAGCACCGUCCAAAGUUCCGAGCUAGCGCCGCGGUCUCGCUUUAUUUAUAUAAAAAAAAUAUGUUUUUUUUUAAGCUGUAAUGAUAAAGCUUCAAAUGUUGCCCAAUUAAAAUUGUUUUUAAAAAGCCCAA